UUCACGGAACGGAGUAGAUUAGCAUGAGCGGGGACCAAAAUUUUGCCGGACCGGAACCGGAUGUAGGAGUAUGUCUUUGAGCUGAGCCAAAAAAUCAAGCUGGAAAAUACAAAGUUUGGAAGGUUAUUACCCUGAAGAACUUGGGAGACUGGAAGUUUAACAGAUUUUGUCUGCUUGAAUGCCUGGAUGAGAAACACUUUCUUCAACAAAUAACCAAGGACUAAACGUCGGCUAAUACGCGCGCCAUGAAUCCAUCCAAUCCGUUCGGCAGUCCACAAGGUGGAGCUUUUCAAGCUCCAAGCAACACCAUGAAAACUGGUAUGUUCCAGUCAUUUGGCCAGCAAAGUUCCAGCAAUCAGCAACAAAAUAUUGGAUUUUUUCAACCAUUAGCGUUUGGACAGUCAUCAGUUUUAAAUCAGCCUUCAUCUCAUGGAAAUACCAUGUUUGGACAGGCUCCUGCCUUUGGGCAGUCUGCACAGCCUCCCUCACUGCCCACAAUAAGUCAGGCUCCAGCAUUUGGACAGUCAUCAUUAGGAAUGACUAACACAGGCUUUGGAACAGGCACAGUACCAGCUUUUGGACAGACUAGUGGAACGAACCAGAGUUCAGUCUUUGGGCAGACACCUGCAUUCGGGCAGACGUCUGCAUUUGGGCAAGCUCCAGGAUUUGGCAAACAGCCACCAGGGUUUGGUCAACAGCCUUCUGGGUUUGGAAACUCACAAAUGGCUUCUGGAUCCACCACUUCCUCAGGGCAACCUCAGCCGCUGGGAUUUGGACAAUCUGCAUUUGGACAGCCAUCGUCUACCAGUGCCACUACCAGUGUAUUUGGCACAGCUCAGAGUGUGACCCAGAGCAGAGCCUUUGGAACAUCCAAAUUCAGUUUUAAGCCUGCUGAUGAGGCACUUUUCAAACCCAUCUUCAGUGCCAGUCCUGAACCUGCUAACCCUCAAACUACUUCAAUGUCCAGCUCGCCUUUUGGUAGCAGUGGGAACCAGGCAAGCACCAGCACCACAAGUACCAGCAGCACCACCACUGGUUUCUUGACAGGUGCUAAGCCUGGGCCACUGGGCUUCAGCUUCUCACAGCCAGCUGUAGCCCCCUCUGUCUCUGCUCAAAACAAUCCACUAACAACUGGCAAUAGCAGCGCUCCUACAAACACUCUGCAGUUCACCUUUUCCCAGCCAGCACCUCCCUACAGCUCCAGCACUAAAGCAUCCACCACCCAACCUACCUCCCCAUCUUCUUUCAGCUUUUCAGCCAAAGCCCCACAGCCCCAGACAACACUCCUUUUUGGAGGAACCAAUUUUGGUCAGCCCUCAACCUUUGGUGACUCCAAAGGUCAAGCAGAGACUAGCACAGGUGAGAAAAGGAGCAACCUAGAGGCCCUAGGGGACACAAAUAUAUUUGCGCGUUUUAGCAAAGGCACCAAGCGCAAGGAAGAUCCAGUGGUUCCCAGCAGUGGCCCCGAAAAGCCUGCCGCUGAGGAGGAUGUUCCAGCAGAGGCAGAUUCACCAAGACACCCCCCAAAGAGGCCCCUAAUGAGGUCCCGUGGCCCACCAGGAGGCUUAUUCAGUAGGGCACUAAGUGGUCUUCGUAGAGACCCAGUCAGACGAGAAGGACAUACAAAGGAGACUCAGCAGCAGGCACUGAAGUGGGAGGAGACAGAAGGGGAAGAUGCCCAAGAUCAGGGCGAGGAUGUGGCUGCUACACCACCCACUGUACAAGCACUCACUAGGGAUGUGGCUGAAAAAGCUGAGGAGUCAGAUCCAGCAACAGCCCCUGACCCGAAGCCUGAAACCAUAACCCCUGUGAAACGUGCUGUACGCAGGGAGAGCUCAGAGAGCCUCAGCGGCAUGUCUCCUACUGACUGUACCGUCAUCCAGUGCAGGAACGUACCUCCAGCCCUUAACAAAAAGGACACAAUAGAGAAGCACUUUGCUCGUUUCGGCAAAGUCUCUAAGGUCUUGUGUCGGCCUGCCAAGAACCUGGCCAUAGUCCACUUUUAUGACCAUCCAUCAGCAGCAAAGGCCAAGAAGAAAGGCAAAAUCCUGCAUCGAAAUGAACUACUCCUCUUGUGGCAAAGAAAAAAGCAGAGUCCAGGGGAGAAAGGCAGCAGACCUGCAACAGGAAAGGAGGAGACAGAGCAAGAAAUUCAGGAGGACACAGUGUCCAAGACUGGUUCCUCCCCUCUCAGAAGACCUCCACUCAGAGCUCCCGCAGUCGGUAACACCAUGACCUUCAACCGCAGCUCUCCAGUGAAGAAGUCAGCAUUGGCCAAGACUCUGCAGUUUGACACUGAACCUCAAAAAGAGAGCAGCACAGAGUCCCUGAGCUCAGAGCGCUCAGUCCCCUCCUCCCUCCAACACCUCAUCGGCCAGGUGGCAGAGACCACCGAGGACAAGUAUCGCUUCCUGGAACAGAGAGACAAGAUCCUGCGUCAAGGUCGACCCAAGCGGACAGACCUGCACCUGUCUAAGGUGUUUGUGGGGACGUGUCCUGACAUGUGUCCAGAGAAGGAGAGGUACAUGAGAGAGACACGGAACCAGCUCAGCAUUUUCGAGGUCAUCCCAGACACUGAGAUGGUGGAUCACACAGCAGCCAUCAAGGAAUACAGUCGUUCAUCAGCCGACCAGGAGGAGCCCCUGCCCCACGAGUUGCGCCCCCUGCCUGUGCUCAGCAUGACCAUGGACUAUCUGGUGACUCAAAUCAUGGACCAGGGCCACGACAACUAUCGCGACUGGUAUGACUUUGUCUGGAACAGAACCCGUGGCAUCCGUAAGGACAUCACCCAGCAGCAUCUGUGCUGCCCACACACUGUGUCGUUGAUUGAAAAGUGCACACGCUUCCAUGUACACUGUGCCCACCACCUCUGCGAAGAGCAUAUGUCAUCUUUUGACGCCAAGAUCAAUAAUGAGAACAUGACAAAGUGCCUGCAGAGUCUCAAAGAAAUGUACCAAGACCUGGCUACACGUCAAAUCUACUGCCCCCAGGAGGCAGAGUUCCGCCAGUACAACGUGCUGCUGAAGCUCAAUGAUGGUGACAUCCUGCGUGAGGUGCAGCAGUUCCGUGACGAAGUGCGCAACUCGCCUGAGGUGAAGUUUGCAGUUCAGGCAUUUGCUGCAGUCAACAGCAACAACUUUGUGCGCUUCUUCAAACUGGUGAAAGGGGCCUCCUACCUUGCCAGCUGCCUCCUACACAGAUACUUCAACCAGGUCAGAGCCAAGGCCUUGAAGACCUUAAACAUGGCCCACACUGUGGGUCCACGAUCGACUGCAUUUCCAGUUGAGGACAUAACUCGGAUGUUAAUGUUCCGCAACACCACAGAAUCAACUGACUUCAUCCAGCAGUACGGCCUUAAUGUCAAUGAUGGUGUGGUGGAGCUGAGUCGGACAUCAUAUCAAGAGCCAGAGCUGCCACUGUCCCAGAAGAAGUCUGAGGUCAUCCUCGCAAAGAAAGCAGUGUUGAUCGGAGAGGUGGUGAAUGGCGGCCCCCUCCCUAACCCUCCCCAGCACAUCCCUGUCUGCAGCUUUGACUCCCAGAACAAGUAUCGUGGUGAGGGCCCUCUGGCUGAGCCCACUUCAAACCAACUUAAAGCUAUUGCUGCCAGGAUGGAGGCUAAGGCAUCAACCAGCGCUGAGUUGCAGCCACAGAUGGUGUCACUUCUAGACACUCCCGCUGUGUUUAGGCUGCCUCAGGCUGUUGCAGAGGAGCCAAUACCUCAACAUCAGCCUAUCAAAGCAGCAUCACCUCCAGCCAAACCGGAGCCGGUGUACAGUGAUGAGGACAUAAUGGCUGAACUAGACAGUGUGAUUGAAGAGGUGGUUGCAGCAGCAGUCAGGGAUGUAGCUGAUGUUGGUGCCAGCUACGCCACAACAGCUCUUGCUGAGAGCAGUGUGCAGGUGGAGUCACUGGUGAGUGAGGUGUUGGGACAGAUGCUGCAGGAAGUGUCUUCCACCGAGAUCAAGUUGGAACAGGAGCGCGUUGCGGAAGAGAAACGCAGGCUUGAAGAAGCCAGGAGGAGGCAGGAGCACGAGGCCUUCCUGGCUCAGUUCAGCCUCUCUCUCUGCACCGAGAUCAUCCAUGAAGUUUUAGAUGAGACCAUCAAGGAGACUGCCACCUCUGAGAUGCAGCAGGCAGUGAACGAGAAAGCAGAGUGUGUGGCUAAAUGCACAGAGCAAGUCUGCACCAGUCUUGUUGAAGAGACUCUGAAUGCAGAUAUCGCUCUCAUGGUUGAAGAAAUCCUAGAUGCUGAGCUGCAACGUAUCCACAAGUACAUCAAAAGGUGGCGUGAUGUGGUAGCGGUUCGUCGGCAGCUGAAGAGACAGAUGAGGGGUUUCCCUGCAGCUCCUUGCUGCGUGGACCCCCGAUUCAAACUCAAGGCUCUGGCUCCCAGCGCCCCUGCACAGCCCUCCAUAGCAGAUCUGGCCCAGGGUCUGGUCAACCUGGGAAACGCCGGGACCCUAGCCCUGUCCAGCACCAGGUUAUUAAAAAUGAGACGAGAAGCAAUCCACCGGAUGAGAGUCCACUACUACUAUCAGCAGCUGCUUGAUGAGGCGGUGUGGGCGCCGAUUAACCUGCCAGCACUGGUGACAGAAUAUAUCCCUGAUCCACCUGAUCGGAUCUUCUGGAAAGUUGCCCUUCUCUUACCCAGCGACCACGAGAGUGUAGCCAGCCUGGCCGACAGGAUAUUGUCUGACUGGCUGGAGGUGAAACUUGGUGGUGAGAAGGCACCAGAGGCCAGGGAGGAGCAGCCAGAUGGCAUAAUGCAGACCCUCUGUGUCACCAACACACUGCAGGAGAAAGGACAACACACUCACAAAGUCCACAUCAGCGUCAAGGCUUCCCGAGGCCCACUGAGUGAAGACAGCCUGACCAAAAUGGAGGAGUGCUGUGAGCUUCAUGGGACCGGAGCUCUGAUCAUGUUGCUCCCCGCCAUGCCCAUCAUCGAGCCCGGGCAUGACGAGCAGGAUGUGCCCGUGCUGUCAGCCCUGCUUCAGCUCAGACAGUUGCAACAAGCCAGCACCUGGCACUGCCCAGUGCCUCUGGUCAUUCUGGUGCCAGGGCCUGAUGGUGGUGAAGGCGAUACACAGAAACUUGUAGAAGCCCUGAUGCUACACACACUGGUCAAUGAAGGCCUGAUAUCAGAGUACACUUUCUUCUUCAUACCAGAGACCACAAGUGACAUCCAGGGAACCAAACAGCUAAGUCAGGGCCUGCGUUGGCUCCUGGCCCGCGCUCCACCGCCCUUCCCACUCUCCUGUCAGACCCUGGUGCAGCUGGUAGAGGCCAGUUUGAGUCGUGAGUUCAGCUCCAGAGUUUACUCCCACCGCCAAGAGCGAGCCACCGCGUGUCUUCCUCCCCAGGACCCCGCACCCAUCAUCCAGCUGUACAACGCAAUCCUGGCUCACAUUGCUGACAAAGUCUCAUCCCAGGAUCUCUGUAAACUCUCCUGGCCACCGGGCGAGUUCUGCCUGCCUGACACCCGUGACUUUGUUCCACAUCAGGGCUGGAACUCUUCUCAACACCUGGCUUGGCUACGCAAAGCCAUCCUCAGCCUGCAGCUGCCACAGUGGGAGCAGCUGUCUCCCACCGACCCGUGGUCUGAGCUUUGCUCCUCCAUCUAUCGCUACACUGCUCAGAUCCCAGUCUCACCUCGCAGUCAGCCUCUCCUAAUGUCACGGCUGGAAAACCUACUGGAAAGGGUCAGGCUUAACGUUCACCGUACCCAAACCCCCAGAUCUAGGGUCUCUAUGGGGAGCUGGGGCAAUGAAGAUGAAAGUGCGUGUCCAGCAUACAGUCAGAUCCCCUGGGACGACGUGGUGGUGAUUUGCAUAGACCACAGGCUGAAAGACUGGCAGAUACCUGGACCACCUACCUGUGAAGAUGCUGUGACAGAGGAUGGGGAGAUCCUGGUUUACUUCCCUACAGAGUCACUGAAGGGUUUCCAGCCACCCAAGGAAUGGACCCAGGCCAUCAAUCAAACACACAGAGAGAAGCAGCAGGAGAAAGAAGGGGCAAGUGCAGCUGUCUUUGCCACCCCCACCAGCCUGUCCCUCAGACAGAGGCUGUUUGACAGUUUUAUAGAGCCUGUCAAGGCCCCAGCAGCCCCACUGGACAUCACACACACUCCCACAGCACAAGAGCUACUGGCCCACAAAGUCCUCCAGAGCUUAGAGGAGGAGAAGGCUGAAAGCAAAAGGAGCAUGGAACAGCUUCAGCGUUGGCUGGAUGGUGAUCCCUUGGACCACUUGUCCACACCACUCUUCAUUCCGUCCUCCACCCUGCUGUCCAUGCCCACAACCAUAGCACAUGCCCCCACAGCCAAGACUAGAGAUGCAGCACUUGUAAAGGAGGCUGAUAACCUGUCAGGUAAAGCAGACUGGCCUAAAAGAAUUCCUGUGUCUAUGACACGGCGACUGAGGGAACUUGAGCAACAGAUUUUGGCAAGCCAGGAGGAGGAGCUGGCCUGUAGACUGGAGCUGAGUGGUCUACUGGGCAUUGUUGAUGACUGAUGAACUGUUGAGGCACAGUUUCAGAAAUGUCUUUGUAGCUGUAUACAUUUUUGAAGCAAGGACAAAUAAGCCUUUUGUCUCCAAAAUGAGAAACUACUUUGUUGUAUUUGCUGAGCUCAUGCAGAGUUUGUGGUAAAAUUUGGUCACUCUUUUGUGAAUUUAUCAUAUUUUAGUCUGUUGAGGUCAGAUUCUCUGAUUGGAAUCACAUGUGUCUUAUUUUUUUGUUUUUUAUUGAGGUAGGCAUGUAUACAAAUUGAGAAAAAAAUCAAGAUCUUUACUCUUGGUUUAUUUUUGUAUUAUUAAUUUAGCAUUUAUAACGUGUGUUGUGUGUGUGCGUGUACAAAUACAGCAUCUAACAUUAUGUUGUUUUUUGCACAAACCUGAUGGGAUGCUGAUCGUUAGAAUGUAAAAAUCUCUACAUGAGCUGCUUUAAAAUUGGAUAUCUCUGAUUGUGCUUGUGCAAGGAAUGGCUUCAGCUUUUGUUUGAACCUAUUUUUGUACUGUUGAGUUAUGAAACUGUCACUAAUUAUUGAAUAAAAAUGUUAUUUUUUA